UUAUUUCUAUAUACUGGUAUAUAGCCUAAUAUCUUAGUACUGUAGUAAACAAAGCAUGAGUGGGAGAAAUUUACGUGACUUUGUUAUUAGUCACAGAACUCAAUAUCAAGAUGGAGAAGAACAAAAGCACUUGGUUACUAGAAUGAUGAUGGGAAUGGACAGCAAUCGAUACAAAAAAAUCAAUUACGAAGAAGCCAGAGAGGCUGCCUUCAGAUUUAAAGACAAUGCAGUUGCCACAGGUGCUCGAUUAAAUCAUUUAAAAAAUCGUGCACGUAUUGGUAAAGAAAGACAACUAGUGAAACAACAUUAUCCAAUUUGGCGUGAAUCACAUAAAGAAUUACGAGAUCAUUUACGAGGAGCUGAAUAUGCUUAUCAGUCUGAUUUUUCUGAUUUGAUAAAAUCGUUGUCAAAUAUUGGGUAUUUAGAUUAUGCAAGUGAUUUAGAGCAAUGCGACUCUGAAGUUGACGCUGAAAUAAAGAAGUUUUCACAAGCGAUUAUUAUGCCUAUUCAACAAUUGAUCAAUGAUCUUAAAAUAAGAUUACAUCGCGGGACAAGUGGCCCGAACAUUCACGAAAGUUUAAAAGAAGAUGUUGAUGACAUAAUGAAUGAAAUUGACUCUGUUAAAUCUCAGUCAUUAUCUGUAGGAAAAUGGCUUUCCCACCAGCAAAUGAUUUUGGAAGGAGACUUAGAAAAAGCUGAUAUCAUUAGCAAUGAUGCUUAUCCAUCAUUGCCACCAGUAGAGUCUGCCCUCCCAGUAGGGAUUGUUCUUGCUGAAUGCCCUGAUACAGAAUUAAAAAGCACUAUUUUGAGACAGUUCAUUGACUUACAUACCAACUAUAAUAGGCGUUUGAAGGAAGAACUAGCUCGCUUACAAGGUGCUGAAAGUCUUUUUUCAAAAUCAAAAGACAAAAGUUGGAUAUUUUCUGUGGUUUAUGAUCUUUAUCAUCGUCAUAUUUUACCCCAAUCGAGAGAAAAUCUUCAUUUUUUAAUUAUUGACAUGCUCGCUCAUCUUAUAUCGAAAAAUAACAAGAGUGAAAUUCUAGAAAUGGAGUCCCAUUUUUUGAAACAACGUUAUUCAAAAAAACAUUGUGAACUCUUGGUUACAAAUUAUAACAGAGAUUUCGGAAAUUUAAUAUCCAAUUCAUUAUCUGCAUUUGCGGAAGCACGACAUGUUUAUGCAAAUGCUGACAUUGCUGCAAAAGAUCGAGCCAAGCAAAGAAAAAUUUGUGCUGCAUUGCAUGAAAAGGUUAUUUCCCUACGAGCAAAACAAGAGGAAAUCCUUCAACUGGAAGCAGAACUGGAAGAGAGAAGUAGAAGAAAACACUUUGAAGAAGAAGAAAAAAGACAAUGGUUGGAAAACGAACGAAGAUACAGAAUGAAAAAAGAAAUUACAAAAUAUCAACGACAAAGAAAAGCGAUGGAACAACAAAAACAAAUGGAACAAGAGAAACGACUACAAAUUUUAAAAUCAGAGCUUGAAAACCAGAGAAAAAUUGACCAGGAAAGAGUGAAUUAUCGAGCUGGAAAAAUCAAGGAAAGGAAUGAAAUUCAAGCCAUUAAAUUGAAAGCAAAAAUUGAAGAUGAAAUUUUGAAAAAACAAAGGCUUGAUAACUUGCGACAAACUGUCGCAGUUGAAGCUGAAUUUGAUCCUGAGCGUUUAGUCGCUGAUACUAUAUCCAGUAAAGCGCGACAGGGUAUCGGCACAAAUGAAGAAGUUUCAAUUCAAGCUCCGUUAUUUGAUGUACAUGGGUAUUCUCAAAAACAAAUUGAAGGAGAUGUCAGAUUGAGAGUUGAAGCUGCACUGAGAAAUGCUGGAAUACAUGAAUCUGAAUAUGCUAGACGUGUUUUAUCAAAUAUACCUCCUCCUACACAGCCAAGAAGGGAUACUGAUUCCAGUGCCUUGCAGUACAUGUUUAAAAACUGAUGUGUUUCAAAGUUUGACUUAACUGUUUACACCUAACAUUAAGAUUUAUUGCAGGCUUGCGAGUGAUUAGCAACAACAUAAGGUUUUAUAGUACGGGAUAGCGUUGGUAGAAAAACUAGCUCAUGAGUGCUUUAAAUGAAGUGUUGUUUUGUAGAGGAUUAUUGAAGUACUUACUCAAUUGGCAAUGAAGUAUUGCAAAUGAAAAUCCUUCCUCAAAUAAGCAGUUCAUAUGUCACAAUGCUAAUUCCGAAGGUUUGACUGUUGGAGCUGAUUACAAAAAUGCGAUCUCCUCAAAACUCUAAAUCGUGACAUGAGCUAAUUUGCUUUGACUGCACCGAUAUUCUGUGUGCUGAUUGUGUGGGCCAAUAGAUGAAUCAUUUUGUAAGCUUUUUGUUUAUGGGUAUUCAUAUUGUUAUUGUCAUAAAGACACAAUAUCUCAAAAUAUAUGCUUUCAAAUUUUUAGGCAAAACCUGAAAGUUUCCUUCAGAAUAGUAUUAUUUCUCACUUUUUUGAAUUUUUUCUGGAUCACAUAAUUUUGUCUCAAAUAUUGCUGGCAUUUGGAAAAUUGUACUUUUUGCUGGAUAAAUUUUAAUGGUACCUUCCUAUCCAUAUAUUUGUACAUUUUAGUCUAUUUGUAAAACUUAAAUCUUCCACAUUUUUAGCCAUUCGGUAUAAUAUAUGUAUAUCCUAUUUCUAUCUAUUUCCUUGAUAUGUGUUAUUGUUAUUGACAGCAAUUGAUAACAUACACUUCAUAUUAAUAAGGUAAUGUUAAGUGUUUUGCAACAUUUUAAAUUAAAAAAGAAUUUAGUAUUUUCUUUAACAAACUAUUAUAUUGAAUAUUUUACAAGUCCCAAUUGUGUGUUGCCAGAUUUUUAUUCCUCAAUGAGCUAUGAAGUUAUAUUUAGGUCAGUUUUCAUAAUAAUAGGUUAUAUUAUGCUACAAUAUUUUGUUAGUCUUCGUUCGUAUUUUAUCUUUUGUAAUGUUAUUGUUUAUUCUCUGUCACUGUGCUAUUAGUAAACACCGUAGUGUAGGAUUCAGCAAUUAAUAAAUAUCGUAUUUAUAUAUUUUAGA